AAGAGGCAAGGCGGUAGAGUCUUGGCUCGGGUCAGCCCUUGUAAGCAGUUCAUGUAUGAGAUACCUUCGAAGUAGUGUCUUCCCUCACUCCUCAGCCUUAAGCCCUGAACACCAGCUGCGUCGGCCAUCGUCUGCUUGACCAGCUGCCUGAUACCUUUUUCUGCCUUGUUUUCUAGCACUUGAACAGGACUCCUUUGCCAUCAGCAUGGAAGACACUUACAUCGACUCCCUGGACCCUGAAAAGUUAUUACAGUGCCCCUAUGAUAAAAAUCACCAGAUCAGGGCCUGCAGGUUUCCUUAUCAUCUUAUCAAGUGCAGAAAGAAUCAUCCUGAUGUCGCAAACAAAUUGGCUACUUGUCCUUUCAACGCUCGGCACCAGGUUCCCCGGGCUGAGAUCAGUCAUCACAUCUCAAGCUGUGAUGACAAGAGCUGUAUUGAGCAGGAUGUGGUCAACCAAACCAGGAACCUUGGACAAGAGACUUUGGCUGAGAGCACAUGGCAGUGCCCUCCUUGUGAUGAAGACUGGGAUAAAGACUUGUGGGAACAGACUAGCACCCCAUUUGUCUGGGGCACAGCCAGUUUCUGUGGCAACAACAGUCCUGCAAAUAACAUAGUUAUGGAACAUAAGAGUAACCUUGCUUCAGGCAUGCGAGUUCCCAAGUCUCUGCCCUAUGUUCUGCCAUGGAAAAACAAUGGAAAUGCACAGUAAACUGAACAUCUUUUUCAAAUGCCAGACUGUGGAAGACUCUUGCUUAUUCCUGCUACCAAGGGUUCUUCUUUUUUCUCUUUAUCUAAUUAUAGAACAGUAAACUGUCUGUGACUUUCAAACUGGCAAGUACUUUUUUUUUAACUGCUGAGACUUUACUCUUCAAUUAUUUGAUGCCAAAUAUUUAUAUGUUGCUGAAAAAGACAGCUUGAUAGUUUGGUUAAAUACCUACUAACCUCAAAUUAAGAAAAAAAAAUCAUUUCCCAUUCUAGUUAAUGAAACAGUGAUGUAAACCUGUUGUACAGAGUCCAGCUAACAUAGACAGAAAACUUGGAUUAAAAAAAGUAACUAUG